UUGGUAUUUAGUAUUUCUGUAUAUAUAUCAAUAUUCUUUUCUGUUUUUAUUUUAUAUAUUGUUUAUUUUAUUUAUAUAGUUAUACCCAGUCCUUUCCUUUUUAUUAAAUCAUAGCUUGUAAUUCAGCUAAAUUAACUUAUACCUACUCGUGUCGCUCCUUUUACUUUAAUAAUUCAUUCAUUCAUUCAUUAAAAUAUUUAUUUAUUUAUUUAUUUGUUCAUUAAUUAAUUAAUUAAUUAUUUAGAUAUGAAAUUCUCGAGUGUUAUUCCAUUCCUUGCUUUACUGUCCUUUGGUUUAGCUAAAAUCGUUACCGUAACUGAUAUUCAUUAUACAACUGUUUAUAAUGGUCAAGCAAUUGUUCAACCAUCAGAAGCACCUGAUGGUGUUAUUCAUUAUACUACCAUUAUAUAUGUAGAUGAAAAUGGUAAUAUUCUUGAAGAUCAAGAAGCAGCCAGUACUCAAGCUCCUCAAGCUCCUUCAACUUCUUCUGCUAAUCAAGGUCCAGCAUUAGCUAAAAUUGCCGAUGCUCAACCAACUACUUUAGUGACUGUUCAAACAUCUGCUGCUCCUGCUCCUGCUCCAACUUCUUCUUCAAGUACAUCAAAUUCUUUUGGUAAUGUUAAAGAUGUUCAAUUCUCUCAACAAAUGUUAGACCUUCAUAAUCAAAAGAGAGCUGAUCAUAAAGCUGGUGCUUUAACUUGGUCUCAAGAACUUUACAAUUAUGCUCAAAAUUAUGCUGAUCUGCAACCAUGUUCCUUAAACUUAGUUCAUUCUGGUGGACCUUAUGGUGAAAACUUGGCUGUAGGUUAUUCUGGCGCUGCUGGUGCUUUUGAUGCUUGGUACAAUGAAGGAAAUAAUUAUAACUACGUUAGUAAUAUUUAUAAUCAUUUUACUCAAAUUAUUUGGGUUGGAACUACUCAACUUGGUUGUGCCUAUAAGCAAUGUAAUGUUCCUGGUAUAAAUGGUCAGUAUGUUGUUUGUUCAUACAAUCCUGCUGGAAAUAUUAUUGGUAAAUUUAUUCAAAAUGUUUUACCUUUGUUUAUUUAAUUUAAAAUAAGUAAAUUUUCUAUAUAUACCC